UCCCUCACACAGGUGUUUGUGGGAGAUCUCUGAAUGUAGUGUUUGUUUAUUUGUCUUGCUGUCAAGCUAUCCAGGCAAAAAGUAGGGAGCCCCGAAGAGGACUGUUUUCUUGGAUCCUUGUUCCCUCACCUAUAGUCGGCUUUUGGAACAGAGGUUUUCGCCAUGUGCGACCAAAUACCUAGGUGGAAUGUUGUCCACAAACUCGAGAAGCGCAAGCUUCUCAUUGGCAUCAACAGCGUUGCCGCGUUGUCGAUUCUUUUCUUCGGAUAUGAUCAGGGAAUGAUGGCUGGAGUAAACAACUCAAAAGACUACAUUGACCUGAUGGGAUUCGGUCACACUGAGAUGAGAGAUGGCUAUCUAACUCCAGUCGUCACAGACAGUCUGCUGCAGGGUGGAAUCGUGUCAGUAUAUUACCUAGGGACAUUGUUCGGUGCACUCCUUGGUGGCUGGACAGGAGAUCGUAUUGGCCGGAUUAAAACCAUUGCGACAGGUGCUCUUUGGGCUAUUUUUGGUGCUGCGCUGCAGUGUUCAGCACAGAACCACAAUUGGAUGAUUUGCUCGCGCUUCAUCAAUGGAAUUGGUACUGGUAUCUUGAAUGCCAUUGUUCCGGUUUGGGCAACAGAGACUGCCGAGCACACGUCCCGAGGACAGUUCAUUGCAAUUGAAUUUACCCUGAAUAUUUUUGGCGUCGUCCUCGCCUACUGGCUAGAAUUUGGACUGUCCUUCAUCGAUGGCGGGAAAUCUGCUUUCCAAUGGAGGUUCCCUAUCGCGUUCCAAAUCAUCUUCCUGAUCCUACUGUUCGUAGUGGUUUGGUUUUUCCCGGAAUCUCCACGAUGGUUAGUCAAAGUCGGUCGGGAGCAAGAAGCGCGAUAUAUUCUGGGCCGGCUCCGUGGAAGCAGUGAUGAAGAUGCAGUUCGCGCCGAGGCUGAGUUUAGAGACAUCCAAAGCGUGGCUGAAAUGGAAAAAAGCAUGAACCACAGUACCUCCUACCUGGCGAUGCUCUUCGGAUACAAAACCGGAAAGCUGCAUCUCGGGCGACGCGUGCAGCUGGUGGUCUGGUUGCAGAUCAUGCAGGAAUGGGUCGGCAUUGCCGGCGUGACUGUUUAUGCACCAACUAUCUUUAGCAUUGCUGGGUUUGAUUCGAUGAAGAGCCAGUGGAUCAGCGGCUUGAACAAUAUUUUCUACAUGUUCGCAACGCUUAUCUGUGUCUUCACACUGGAUCGGAUUGGUCGCAGGUGGACCUUAUACUGGGGGUCUACCGGGCAGGGCAUCGCCAUGUUUCUGGCUGGGGGCUUCUCUCGACUUGCCAUUAAUGCACGGGCGGAUGGGAAUAUCUCCCAAGCGAACUCGUUUGGCGCUGCCGCAGCGUCCAUGGUCUUUAUUUUCACCUCUGUCUUUGGAGCUACUUGGUUGACAGUGCCAUGGAUUUAUCCUGCUGAGAUUUAUCCGUUGGCUGUCCGCGCCCGAGGAAACGCCUGGGGUGUUGUGGGAUGGAGCAUUGGAAACGGCUGGCUGACUCUUCUGUGCCCGGUGAUGUUCGAGGCCAUUGGCGAGAAGACACUGUACGUGUUCGCGGCUAGCAAUGUCAUCACAAUCCCGAUGGUAUGGGCUCUCUAUCCUGAAAGCAACCAGCGAACCCUAGAAGAUAUGGACUUGCUGUUCGCCGCCGAGACCCCGUGGGUGUGGGAUGCCGAGCGCACCUUUGCCCGUCUCAAGGCGGAAAAUCCGGGGUACAUUGAAGCCACCAACCGCAAGAACAGUGCGGUAGACCCGGAGAUGGGCAAGUCGGCGAAUGCCCACGAAGAGCAUGCUGUGUAGUGUCAGCCAGCUGUACUAUUUGGCCUUGGAUGAGGUACGAGGUAACGUUUGAUGACGUUAGUUUAUAUAUAAUUAUAUAUGUGUGUGUCUAUACGAUCCGGAUUGUCUCCGGUGACCUUAACCUUCCUGAUUUAUUGCAAGGGUACCUAUGUUGUGCUUAGUGAGGAUUAUGCGUAGCACGUAGUUC